GAAUGAUUACUGGUGGCCAGCGGAGAGACAGAUUAUACGGCUCUACACAACUGUUGUUUUAAUCCCCUGGGCGAGGAGAUUUAGCAAAGAAAAAACACAGGUUUUAAACCCAGCAGCCAUAUUGUAUGGAAAAACGACGGAAAGACUCCUCUUAUCAGAAAAAGUCGUGUUCUCCCACACCUCUGUCAGGACUUUUGGGGAGUUUAAUUGUUUUUCUUACUGGCGGUGGGUUUGUGUCGGACAGCUAGCUUGCCAGCUGGCUGAGGAAUUCAGACAUUUGGACUAGUUUUGAGCCAUUUUACACAAUAUUGUGGUUGUGUCUUUGGGUUAAAGGUGUUGAAUUAACCGUCUGAAAGAUGAAGGACCGAUUGGAGCAACUUAAAGCGACGUGUGAUCAAGAUGACGAUGAGGUGGAGAUCGCUGUGGAUAACGCAGCCUUCAUGGACGAGUUCUUCUGUCAGAUCGAGGACAUCAGGAACAGUAUUGAUAAAAUCGAUGAGAACGUGGCUGAAGUCAAAAAGCUUUUCUCAGUCAUUCUGUCUGCUCCCACAUCAGAUCAGAAAACACAGGAUGACCUGGAGGCAAUUACCAAUGACAUCAAGAAGAUGGCAAACAAUGCAAGAAACAAACUUAAGACCAUCGAGAGGAAUCUGGAGUCAGAGGAGCAGGAGAGGGUGUCGGCUGACAUGCGGAUACGUAAAUCACAGCAUGCAGUGCUGUCCAGGAAGUUUGUGGAGGUAAUGACGAAGUAUAACGAAGCCCAGGUGGACUUCAGGGAGAGGAGUAAAGGACGCAUCCAGAGACAACUAGAGAUCACUGGAAAAGCAACAACAGAUGACGAAUUGGAGGAGAUGUUGGAGAGUGGCAACGCUGCUGUGUUUACUGCAGGGAUUGUGGACGCUGGGAUCUCUAAACAAGCCCUGAGCGAGAUUGAAUCCAGACACAAAGACAUUGUCCGUCUGGAAAGUAGCAUCAAGGAGCUGCACGACAUGUUUGUAGACAUCGCCAUGCUGGUGGAGAGCCAGGGUGACAUAGUAGACAACAUAGAGCGGAAUGUAUCCAAGUCAGUGGACCACAUAAUAGUGGCUAAGGAACAGACCAAAAAAGCUGUAAGGCACCAGACCAAAGCACGUAAGAGGAUGAUCAUUAUUGGUGCGGUCUGUGCUGUGGUUGUCAUCCUCCUUAUUGUCAUCCUCUCCUGGACACUAAAACAGGACUGCUGUUUUGCUAUCAUCAUCAGUUUAUCUAUCAUCCACUCCACCCCAUCCUCCAUCAGCCAAAGAAAAACUCAUACUGAUCACUCCAUGUGGAUGUAAUAUUUUUAAACCUGCAGACGCAAGUGCUAGUGUUACAUUUGACCUCUGGAAAAAAAAAAGAAGACCUGCAAGACUUGUGAUACUUGUAAAAACUUUUAGCCCAAUCAGAACUGUCCUUCUGGUCUGUGAGGGUCUGUCUGACUCCUUCAGUGUGAGGAUGCUCUGCUGCAAAUGAGGAAAUGACGCUAAAGCUGACAUGAGCUACAAUAAAUCUUGUAUCUCUGCAGAAGGGGGAGAAGGGAAUUGAAAAACAACCGAUCAUAAUUUCACUCCAGUGCCGCCACUGUACAUUUCAUUGUCCAACAUUUAAUGCCAAAGAAUCAGCCUGGAGGUCAUCUGAAAUUGAUUUUAAAGUCCAGUGAGUUGGACUCUUGUGAAGCGCUGUAGAAGCACCCUUACUGUUAUUUCUUGCCCUUAUGAGCCUUGACACAUUCUGUGAUUGAAAAGCUAGCUGCUGUACGUUCACUGUAUUUUGGAUUUUGUUAGUUUUUGGGAGGAGUUCCAGCACUUUCACAUUUAAAAAUAUGUCUUUAUGUCCGUGAUUAUUAAGCUUAGAUGAUCCUGUAAAUAAUAGAAUUAUUAUAUUGUGUAGCCCUGAAAUAAUGUGGCUCUAUCUUUAACUGGAAGAGGAUGGUGUGCUCACUUAUGAGUCUUCAGUUCGGAGAGCCAGGGGGUUCCUGAUUUUAAAUAUGAAGGAUGGUGAUGAUGGAAACACAUUUCAAUGACAGGUGGAGCAAAAAAAAGACAGACUAGGUGGAUAAACAUGCACCCAUUGCUUUAAAACUUAACACUGCAACAUCUUGGAGAAAUGCCUGGGUACUUGUUUUAUAUCUUUGCAAAUCUGUGUCACCAUCUUGCAUCGUGACCAUCUGUUAUAAUGCUUUAAAAACAUGUUUUAAUGCCAAAGGACAUAAGGAGAGACUGGUAGUGACACUAGUUUCAAUUUCAGUGCCUGAAUAGUCUAAUAAGUAAGUAAUAGUAAUAUAUUUAUUAUACUUUUUGAUGCUGUUGUUAAUGAAGUCACACACACAGGAUAAAGUGUAAAAGGACACUCUAACUAAACCUACACAAAGGUCUCCCUGAUCGGUGGCUAUUUAUGACUAGUGUUAUGUGCAUUUCCUGACAUAUUUUAGGUCUCAUUACAUUCUUACUGUAAACGCACACCUCAGUUUCCAGUUUAUUAGGUACAGCUAUGUAAAACAAACAGCCCUGCAAUAAAUCCCCUGUUGGUGAAGGUUUCAACAGCUUUAUAGAUUAGUUGGUUAAACUGUAUGGACAAAAUGGAGGCAGUAGUUUGUGCUGCUUUUGAAUUGUAUUACAUUAUAUUCUGUCUAAUAUUUAGUCAGCCCUCAUCGAAACAACACACGUCUAGUUUAAACAAAAACAACUCUCUAGUUUAGUCCAUAUUUUCAGAAAGCACAUUGAUGAAAAUCAGAAUUUGUAUUGGCGUUAAGGGUAGCGCCAGUAUUUUUCAACAUGGACCCUGUUUUUCUAUGUUUUGUGUCUAAGGGAUUAAUAGGAACAACAGUUUUUAAAAUUGGUCCAGUAUUGACAGAGGACUGCUGCUGGCAGCCGCAAAACAGGCAAUAUGAUGCCGUCAAUAUAUGUCCGCUAAAAUUGCUUGUUUAUGCCACUGACAGGUUCAGAUUGUUACUAUACGUGUCUGACAACUGUUAGGAUUCCUAUAGAGACAGACCUUUUUGUUACAACCCUGAAAUCGCUAUGCCAAACCCACCAAACUCCAUUUAGAAACCAGCAAAGUUAGCAUGUAUAAAGCCAGCAUGUUUUCCCUGUUAAACAUUUUUCAUUCAGAGUUGACAGAAACAAAAUAAAACUGUCUGGGCUCAUCUUUCCGGUGUUUCAACAAUCACAUACUCUGUUGGCUGAAAUAAACCCUUAAUGCGCUCAGUUAGAUGUGAAAGAAUGCUGAUGUUAUACAUGCUAAAAUCAUUGUUUAUUUAAAUGGAGUCUGGUGGGUUUGGUGAUAGCGUUUCUUGGGUUGUUUCUGGUUCAACAAAAAGGAUCCUGCUCUGGAACAAAAAGGUCUAUCUCUGGAGGGAUCCUUUCCAUAAUGUUGUAAGACACAGAAUAACAAUCUGAGCCUUUCAGUGGCAAAAACAAGCACCUUUAGUGGACGUACGUUGACGGUGCAAAUUGCCCCAGUUCUUACAUUGCAGCCUGUUUGGCCACUGCUGGCUGCAGUCUUCUUUCUCAAUACUGGACCAAUUUCAAAAACUGUUGUUCCCAUUAGUUAUUUAGACAAACACAUGGUAGAAGCGGGUGCAGAUUGAAAAAUAUUGAAGUUACCCUUUAAUCUAUCUCUGCUUGUAGUCUGAGAUGUUGUAUAAACCAGAUGCAGGGCUGUUUUAUUGGACUAGUUAGUUAGCUAGGUGUACCUAAUAAAUUGGCUUUGAUUCUGGUUGGUCACCAUCAUUUCAUUAGACCCUUUCAUCUUGGUUGAGGGAAUGUGUCAGACUGAGAGUUUAGUUAACUACAGAGCACAUGUUGUCACCCAGAGGCUUUAAUAUGGCAGUUGAAGCGGGUGACUCCAGCUGUGCACACAAGGACUCUCUCAGGGGCACUACUGUCAGUCAUUAAAGGGACAGGUAUUGACCACAUGCAGGGUUUUGUAGUGUAAGAUGUCCCGUGCCUUAUGAGCUCCACCAUCACUGAGGGAAGUCUUUGUUUCUGUGAGACCACAGCCUGAAUGGUUCCUUUUAACUCUGGUUGCACGGGGAGCACUUGAAAGUGAGAGGCCUCCCCAGCUUGCUCUUUUGACCAUGCAGUAUGCUCUUUGGGCUCCUGCCCUCGACUGUUGAAUCCUAAUGCUUCCAUUCAAGCCUUUUUUCCUUCACACACCACUUUAGCCACCAGCACAGGAUGCAAGGCGAGAAGAAGGAGAAAACUGAUGCUGUUGUACACUGUUUUAAAUUAACAGAUUUUAAUGACAAUUAAAGAUUUUAUGUUUUUUAAUGACUGGUUGACUUGUGUUUUCUUACAAUCUCAUGCCUGUCCCUUUGGGAGCGACAAAAUAAAUAUGUGACAGUGGUUUUUUUCCCCCCUUUUUGAUGACUAAAUGUUAAGGAAGAGCUGUGUGGAUGCUUUUUAUGGGAUGUAGUAGCUGUUGUCAGCAGUUUCUUGAUACAGCAUGUUAACCACUGUGUUUCAAAGUGCAUGUUUUAAAGUCAGGUGCACAACAAGUGUCAAAGAGAAGGUAUGUUUUUCACCUUUCCUCUCUCUUUACACACACACACACACACACACCCUAUUCUCUGUGAACCUUUGUUCCCCUUUUACUCAGUCAUUUCCUCAAACCAAUGUGCCCUUCAAUGUAAAUUGUGUGGCAUUAAAUUUUAGUGGAUGCUGCUGCCUGACUUCUGUAUUUGUUUUAUUAAACCUGCAGAAGAAGAUGAUGAUUACAUUGUGCUGUGCCAUCAUUGGGAUCGUUGGGUUCUCCUAUCUCUACAGCUUCUUCUCGUAAAAAGGCUUAACACAGUGUUUCCAAGGAAGAUAGGGUCAAGAAAAGAGAGUUUCCUGAGGUGCUUCCCUGUUUUUUACCCUGAUUAUCAUUUGAAUCUGUUUUAAAAUUUAAUAAAAGGUUAAAAUAAAAGAAAGAAAUUGACCCACACCAGCCCUGCACACUUACCCUUUUAUUAAUAAUUUAAUUAUUUACUCGCUGUAUGAAGUGUUUAAAAGUGUUAUAAAUGUGUAGAUUUUUCUCAGUCUGCCUGUUCAUAAUUCAACAUGUGACUUAUAAGCAUUUUGGACCAUCCUGGUCGACUGUAGUCUGCCGCCUCCUGGUGGUGCAUAGAGGGGACAGUCAUGUUUAUUAUUAUAAGGAAUCUAUUUCUAAGGAUUUAUCUAAGCUUAGUAAAUAUGCAUGAUGGUGUUUUUUCUGUCUUUGGGUCCAGACGUUCAUUCAUGCACAACACAUAUUAUGCUCUGGUUAAAAAUAUCCAGUCAAGUAGUAUUUUCUGACUUAUUUGUUGUCAUAAUUUGAAUAAAUUUGUAUGUGAUUUUGUUGUGUGUGACCUGUCUGUAUGCGUCUGUGCUGAUGAAAUGCUUGUACCGAUGAUGGUCUUUUCUGUAACAGCGGCUGCCACUCGCUCACUGGCUGUGUGUCAACCCAGUAAAGCCUGUUAUGUAAUAAAAGAUUUCUGUGCGUUGUA